AUGCCGAUAUUUCAUGAUCCCCAAGACAGUCCGCCCCGGCGGACUGCGUCACGCCAGAUGUCGUCAGAUGAAGCACCAAAAGAAGGAAUGACAAACUUCAAUGAGGAUGCAUCACCAUUGGGCAGCUUGUCUUUGGAGAGUAUGAUGGGUUCCGGCACGGCACACGAGCCAGUCAGUCACGGGUCACGACCAACUUCGCGAGAUCGCAAUGGCUUGAUGGAAAGGAUCAAGCGAGUGAAGAGUCCUUUGUGGCACCGCCACGAUCGUAACCUGCAAUCUUCACGACCGUCCUCUCGAGACCGCCCAAAGACGCCCAGCGGUCCUACUAGUGACCUCCAAGUACCGUGCACGGCGUCCCCUGAUCAGGAAACUGAUCACGCAUCGGCGGGUCUCGAGAUCGCGCGACCUCGCUCGGCCUUGCACUCUGGUGACUUCCGUGAGCGGGAGGGAGGCGCAGACACUGGCAAUGUGUCUUCUUCUGCCUUCCUACCAACGUCGCCUGUUGCGCCAUGGAAGCGAUCUUUUCCUGCCGCUGCCAUACCGCAGUCUCGAGGUGCUGCUCAGUACGCUUUCAACAACGCGCUCAGCUACGACCCUCCUCCAGUAUCGCGCGCUCGAGCGAUUUCGAAGUCGCCUUCGACCUCGUUCACAUUCAUGCCACCCACCAGUCCAUUGGUACAACAACUGAAUAAUACCGACCUAGACUUCACUUCACGAUCGAGCACCAGACGAAGGUCGAGAAGCCCAGAUCGUAGCAAUCGGCGACAUACCUUCUCUCCAGAUUCGUUCGAACAGUAUCAGACAACACAAACGGCAAGGUCUGCAUCUGGCACUCCUGCAGCGCGGCAUCUACGACGCGGUGGAACUAUUCCUUACCAGGCACAUCAACCCAGACGAUCUGUAACAUCCCUCAGUCAGUUUGAACCGCAUUCUAGCCCGCAAACGCCAUUUGCCGCCCGGCGACCUUCCAUAUCAGACGCAUCGCCUCUGCAACAUGCGCCUAUGGUUGGUUCAUACGAGGAGUCGAUACUUCGCGGCCGAAUGUCGACCACGCCUUCGCGACCAUUGGACUUUGUCGCCAAAAUUGGAGUGCUCGGAAGAGGGCAGUGUAAAUCGAGCCUUAAAUGUCCACCACACGUAACAGUCCCAUUCCCAGCGGUGUUCUACAGCUACAACACAGGGAAUGGUAGAAUAUCUGACAACGAGCCGAGUCCUUACGUUGGUCUCAUUGACUUGGAACACUCGUUGCCUCCACCAGUCGAUAGCCACGAACCCAGCAAGCGCAAACAGCGGCAAGCUGCCCCAGUGCCGGAUCAGGACAAUCUCGACUUUCGACUACAGUUUGAUGACGAACACACUGGCGAGGGCGGAUCUGCGGAUCUGCGGCGUAAGGAGAAGAGGAAACGGAGGUCAGCAUCACCUAAAGCACCACCAGGUGGUUGCUAUCGCAUUCCUGCAGAGGGCCAGCUACAGAUCGUACUCAAGAACCCCAACAGAACUGCGGUAAAGCUGUUUCUUGUCCCGUAUGAUGUCUCAGACAUGGAGCCUGGCCAAAAGACGUUCAUUCGCCAGCGGAGCUAUUCAGCUGGGCCUAUCAUCGACAUGCCUCUAUCUUCACGCAAGAACUUUGGCACCGAUCGACCAGAAGCCGCGCUUAGCAAUUCGGAUGAUCCAAGGGAUCGUCCCAUUCUACGAUACCUUGUCCAUCUGCACAUCUGCUGUACUGGAAAAGGCCGCUACUACUUGUACAAGAGCAUCCGAGUGGUUUUCGCCAACCGAGUACCGGACGGGAAGGAGAAGCUACGCAAUGAAAUCCAACAGCCUGAGCCGAAGUACAGCACCUACAAGCCAUCACGCGACUCGACAACUGCGCAGGCUGCAUCAUCUCCGGGCGCAUUGUCCAUCACCGCGAAGGCUCGCAGACGUCAAAGUGCAGCCUGGCCGCUCUCCUGCUCCCAGCAAAUGUACGACCAAAUGGAUGGUCUUUCGCAAAACCCUCAGCUGCCUCCACCAGCCGUACGCUUCACUGGGGGCCCAUUGAGCUCGUCAGCAUCUGGCGACUACGGCUCAAGCAUUCCACUCGUGCAGCCCAUUCCCUUCAACUUGACACGCUUAGCUGCGAUUGAGUCGCGUCCUGUAUCCCGCGAGCGGAUGGGCGUCGAUCCCAAAAGUCCCUUCAGAUCACCACUCGCAUCCCCUUCGCCCGGUCUCGGAAACUCCAUCAUCCACCAGGAAGCCACUUUCGAAAAGCUCAACAGAGGCGACGUUGGUUAUGGAGGCAAUGCGUUCUCGCCCCUCGGCAGCCCGGCUUCGCCGCCCGCUGCUGGGCUUCUGGCUCAGCGGCUGCGUGGACUUGAAGUGCAGCCUGACGAAGAAGUAGACUGA